GAAAGGGGGGGGGGGCCGGGGCGGGGGCGUCUCGUGCACGAGCCCCGAAGCCCCAGCCGAGCCUAGCCGGGCUGGCUGAGCCCUGGGCCGGAGGAAAAGCCAGCAUGCCUUCCGCGCCGCUGCCGCCCAAGGAGAGCAACCUUUUCAAGCGGAUCUUGAAAUGUUAUGAACAAAAACAGUACAAAAAUGGACUCAAAUUUUGUAAGAUGAUUCUCUCCAAUCCAAAAUUUGCUGAACAUGGAGAGACGUUGGCUAUGAAAGGGCUGACGCUGAAUUGUUUAGGGAAAAAAGAAGAAGCGUACGAAUUUGUUCGGAAAGGACUACGCAACGAUGUCAAAAGUCACGUUUGUUGGCACGUUUACGGACUCCUGCAGCGCUCCGAUAAAAAGUACGACGAAGCGAUUAAGUGCUACCGAAAUGCCCUGAAGCUAGAUAAAGACAAUCUGCAAAUCCUUAGGGAUCUUUCCCUGCUGCAGAUCCAGAUGAGAGAUCUCGAAGGCUAUAGAGAAACCAGAUAUCAAUUACUUCAGCUCCGGCCCACUCAAAGAGCAUCUUGGAUUGGCUAUGCAAUUGCCUAUCAUUUGUUAAAAGAUUACGACAUGGCCUUAAAAUUAUUAGAAGAAUUUAGGAAAACCCAACAGGUGCCCCCUAACAAAAUAGAUUACGAAUAUAGUGAAUUAAUAUUGUACCAAAACCAAGUAAUGAGAGAAGCAGAUCUCUUUCAAGAAUCUCUGGACCAUAUAGAAACGUACGAAAGGCAAAUCUGCGAUAAACUCAUGAUAGAUGAGAUUAAAGGUGAAAUGCUGCUGAAUUUGGGACGCCUGGAAGAAGCGGCUGAAAUAUAUCGGGAACUUAUUGAUCGGAAUGCAGAAUGUUGGAGUUACUACGAGGGCCUGGAAAAAGCUUUGCGGCCACACUCUUUAGAAGAGAGGCUAGAAUUGUAUGAAGAAAUAAGCAAGCGACAUCCACGGGCAGUUUCGCCUCGAAGGCUACCUUUAAACUUUGUCACAGGUGAAAAAUUUAGAGAAUUGUUGGAUAAAUUCCUAAGGGUUAACUUCAGCAAAGGUUGCCCGCCCCUGUUUACAACUUUGAAAUCUUUGUACUACAGUACAGAAAAGAUUUCAACAAUCCAAGAGCUGGUAAUUAGUUACGAAGCUUCUUUGAAAACCUGUCACAUGUUUAGUCCAGAUGAAAACGGAGAGCAAGAACCACCAACGACACUGCUUUGGGUUCGAUAUUUCCUUGCGCAGCACUUCGACAAGCUUGGCCAAUUUUCCUUGGCAUUGGAUUACAUCAAUUCUGCUGUGACAAGUACUCCAACGUUAAUAGAGCUCUUCUAUUUGAAAGCCAAAAUUUAUAAGGUCAUUGCCCUUCCUUAACUAUCCCAUAUUCGG